GACAUUGAUGUGUUUGACGCUUGAAAUCAAGCUGUCAUGUUUUCUAUUCUGCCAUUUUGUUCUUUUUCGGCGAGCGGCGUUGAUUGCAGCUCGUCAUCAUGGUUAACAACCGGGUGCCCUCGGUCUUCUCAAAGACCUAUGUCACCCCUCGCCGUCCCUUCGAGAAGGCUCGUUUGGACCAGGAGUUGAAGAUCAUUGGAGAAUAUGGGCUGAGGAACAAGCGUGAAGUGUGGAGGGUCAAAUACACCCUGGCCAGGAUCCGCAAGGCUGCCCGUGAGCUUCUAACCCUGGAGGAGAAGGACCCUAAAAGGCUUUUUGAAGGUAAUGCGCUGUUGCGUCGUUUAGUGAGGAUCGGCGUGCUAGAUGAGAAGCAGAUGAAGCUUGAUUACGUUCUGGGUCUCAAGAUUGAGGAUUUCUUAGAACGUCGCCUGCAGACUCAGGUCUUCAAGGCUGGUCUCGCUAAGUCCAUCCAUCAUGCCCGUAUCCUGAUCAGACAGAGGCAUAUCCGCGUCCGCAAGCAAGUGGUGAACAUCCCGUCGUUCAUCGUGCGCCUGGACUCGGGCAAGCACAUCGACUUCUCGCUCAAGUCGCCGUUCGGCGGCGGCCGGCCCGGCCGCGUCAAGCGCAAGAACCUGCGCAAGGGCCAGGGCGCCGGCGCCGCCAACGACGAGGAGGAGGAUUAGACACCAAUCAUAUAAUAAACUAUCAUUUUACAU